AUGCUUGCCGUUCUCGCGGCCUUCGUUGCGAUGGCAGCCGCUAUUGCCCUCGAGAAACGUGAUGAUUUCACAUACACGAUGUGGAUCACUGAUAAAGAUUACCAGAACGAGCCUUCCUGGCAAUUCGACCUCACAUUUGAUAUCUCUGGCUACUAUUCUUCAGCAUCUUGCCAAGUCGUCAAUGGACCAGGCAAAAGUUGCGUUGCCACUCCUGAGGGCCAUAAAGCAUACCAACUCUACUCGUACUCCAAGUUCCACUUCACUUCGCCUGGCCAGUGGAGCGUUCAUCUUACCUUCUUGCAUUCGUCUGGGGGCCAUAUCAUCUCGUACCGUCUCGAGCCAACUGGAAGUGUGGUCGGUCUGCCCAUCGUGGACCAUCAGAUCUUCCUCAACUCGAAUGGCGAGCCCCUCACCGAGUCUUAG